ACUUUGCGCAAGCUUGAUGCCCACCAUGGUAGCGAGCCAAGUGGCAUCUGAUCCAAACAGCUAAACAUGGCUCAGCUCACAUACAGCAGACUCUCCCACUUACUAAGACUAUCCGUGAAUAAAGCUUCUGUUUUAAGAGCAGGGACAGAAACCAAACAUGGACCUGCGUGUUGUCUACAGUUUAUACGCUGCCAGCGCUCCAUUGACAGUAAGGCGUUACAGGAGAGGCAGAAGCAGAUGAUGGCAAAAAGCCUCCCAAAACAGAAGCCAGUCACCGGGGUCAAACAGGUCAUCGUUGUGGCUUCAGGAAAAGGUGGUGUGGGCAAGUCCACCACUGCAGUAAAUUUGGCUCUUGGAUUAAUGGCUAACAAUCCAUCUAUGUCAGUCGGUCUUCUGGAUGCUGACGUCUACGGUCCGUCAAUUCCCAAACUGAUGAACCUGAAGGGAAACCCGGAGCUCAGCGACAACAAUCUAAUGGUUCCACUCACAAAUUACGGGAUUCCAUGCAUGUCGAUGGGUUUCCUGGUGGAGGACGUGGCUCCCAUCGUGUGGAGGGGGCUGAUGGUGAUGUCGGCUAUAGAGAAACUGCUUAGACAAGUGGACUGGGGGUCGUUGGACUAUCUAGUUAUUGACAUGCCGCCUGGGACAGGAGACGUCCAACUGUCAAUCACACAGAACAUCCCGGUCGCAGGUGCGGUCAUUGUGUCGACGCCGCAGGACAUCGCUUUACUAGACGCUCGCAGAGGAGCUGAGAUGUUCAAGAAAGUUCACGUGCCGGUCCUCGGUCUGGUGCAGAACAUGAGCGUCUUCCAGUGUCCCAACUGUAAUCACCAGACUCACAUCUUCGGCUCCGAUGGGGCCCGACAGCUCGCAGACACUCUGGGAGUCCAACUCCUGGGUGACAUUCCUCUUCAUCUAAACAUCAGAGAGAUGUCAGACAGAGGGACGCCAGUGGUCAUCUCCUCCCCAGACAGCCCAGAGGCGGAGGCAUACAAGAAGGUUGCAUCUGCUGUUGUGCAGAGACUACAGGAAGUCAACACUUAAUUAACAGCUCCAACGGGAAGUCAGCUGACUGACUGUAAUGAAAUAAACAAGGAAACAAAACAACCAAGAUAAAUGUGGUGCACGCAUAUGCAGACAAAGUAUUUAUCAAAUGCACGAAAGAAAGAAACGCACUAACUUCUUCUCUGUUAUAACGCACAAUGAGUUAAACCAGGAGCACUGCUGGCAGCUGAGCACAGUGAGUGAACUGUGUCGACUGAAUAAAUGUGAUUCAUUUAGUUAUGUGGUUAUAUUUAAUAAAAAAGUGACAUGAA